UAAGUUCUUUGGCUUGAAGGGAUCUUUUAUGCUUGAACUUCAAGUUGAGUAUAAAAUAUUCUCAUGGUGAAGUCUUGCUAUGGUUUCUCCAUGGAAUUAUGCAUGUCAUGACCAACUUAUAGCUGAGCAAGACUGCAGCAUGAUAAUUACACCUAUGUUCUUUGGCUUGAAGGGUGUCUUUAUGUGUGAACUUCUAGCAAGAGACCAUUCAGACUUUAUCUGCCGCAUGAAGGAUUAUAUAUCUCGGCAAGAAUUCAUAAAUAGAACCAUAUCUUCACUUGACAACCACUUUUCUGUGACUUCUCUGGAGCUUAAAUCAUAUGACUGUCCUGAUGACACGAAAUUUAUGCCCUCCUCUAGACUGCUGGGAAAACAAGAACUGGAGGAAAGUUUUGAGUCUGAAUCUGGGAAUGUCAUACUUCAGUCACUGUAACUGCUAAAAGAUAAGAAGACCUUCGCGUGAGGUGCUACUGUAUGUCAAUGUACCUUAAUUGGUUAUUCGUCGAGGAAUAAUUUUCCCUUUUUCCAUGAGAGUAUUUUUGUUGGAUUGGGCUCCUAAUCUGGUUGUGGUUGCCUACCUCCAACUCAUUCAUGUUGC